AUGGCUGGCAAGCGGCAGACAACCACAGGCCGACACAUGGCCAGAUGGGCAGAUAUACAGACAGACAGAUGGAUAGACAGACAGACAUACGGUGAGCCAGACGGAGACGGACGGGACGAUGAGCUGGCCAUAGUAGAUGAAGGUUCUGUUCCUGCGUUGGCAGUGUCCCUUGGCCCAAUAACGCCUCUCGAUCGUCUCUUCAACGCCGAUUCGCGGGCAUCGUGCCCCUGGGGCGGGAAGUAUCAUUUCUCAGGCCUUGUUCCUGCGCGCAGGGGGGUGGACAGUCGUGGACCAGGCGAGUGA